AUUUAUAGGACGUUCAUAAACAAAUAAAUCUCCGUACUAGCUAAAUUUAAAAGUUUAUACGGUUACGGCAUUUUAUAAACCUAAUACCUCAUUUGUAUAGAACUAGUUAACAAAUAGCCAACAAUGAGUUUAUCGCUGAAGCUGAAAACUAAGACUGGCCAGCAGCAUAUCGUAAGCAAUCUGGCUCGGGACGCUCCUGUUCGGGUUCUGAAAGAUAAGAUAACCGAGCUAACCAAAAUACCUUCGGAUGUGCUGCACGUUGUUCUUGGAUUUCCGCCGUUCAAACCGCUUGAUCUUAGCAAUGAGGAUAAUCCACUGUCAGCCGUUGGUGUGAGCAAUGGGGACACUCUGAUUGUAGAAGAACGGCAGCCCAGUGAAGAGGAACGCAAACGACUGGAGGCCCUCAAACGCAUGGAGGAAGACGAGGCGCUGGCUAAAGAACUUGCUGCCCAGGGCGAAGAAGGAAGCGGGAUACUGCUGAAACAGGUUGUUCCAAGUGACAAUUCGUGUCUUUUCACCAGUAUCGGGUUUGUUCUUACUGGAAAAGUUGAUCCGGAAAACAAUCAAUACAUGCGACAGAUUAUCGCUUCCACGGUUAAUGCCGAUAAGCAGGAAUACAAUGAAGGAAUACUAGGACGCCCGAACGAUGAGUACUGUGCGUGGAUUCUGCAGCCGGAAUCAUGGGGUGGUGCGAUAGAAGUGUCCAUUCUGUCUGCCUACCAUGGCGUCGAGUUCGACGUCGUAGACAUUACGAAUGCGAUCAUAAACCGGUUUGGCGAAGACAAAAAUUAUGGAAUGAGAGCCUUCCUGCUCUUCGACGGUAUCCAUUAUGAUCCGCUGUACCUGGAAUCAACAUCGGGCGAACCACCAAAAACUAUCUUUCCAAUUGAGGACAGCAUGGUCUACCAGCAAGCUGAGCAGCUGGCGAAGGAAGCGAAGUCUUCCCGUCAAUUCACGGACGUUAACAAAUUUACUCUCAAAUGCAAUGUCUGCGGGUGUCAUUUCAAAGGACAGGUUGAAGCGCAGCAACAUGCGACUCAAACUGGACAUGUAAAUUUCGGUGAAGUGUAGGAUAAAUUGCAAUCUGUGUCGAAGGAAGGUUGAUUGAAAUUUCGGCUAAGGAUGUCUAUUGGAAAAGCAAAUACUUCUGUCGAAUGCUAGGGAAUCAUUUUGCGUUUGUUGUUUGUCUAUUUUACAGUCAGAGUUUGAGCUCAUUAAUAUUCAAAUAGGUCCCUUACGCAUCUUUUUCAUUCGUUAGUGUGAAAAUUAAAUUUGAACACCAUUUGUUUAUACUUUUUCUUAUUUAAUUCAAUGUAUGAUUGACGGUCAUUACGUACUUUGUUUAAUAAAAAUAAAUCUC